CCUUGGCUGCGGCUCGGCAAUCAAUCGCUGGUGCCGCGAUCCACGAUCGAGAUGCCCAGAGCCGAGCCGCGCGUCGUGCCAAAGAACGGGGUUCGCGCCCCCAACGAGCCUCCGGAGGCGGCCGCGGAGGACGUGGUGGGCGAGGCGACCGGAAACUGCGGCCCGUGGCAGUGGCGCCUCACAGCCGCCCUUUCGCUCUUCUACCUACCCUCCACCUGGCACAUGACUGCCAUCACUUUUCAGACGGUCACGCCGCCGUUCCACUGCGAAGGCCAACCAGAAGUGGGCUGUCCUGCAUCAAAUUUGACAGACAAUUUUACUGAAACAUGCGAGAGAUGGGUCUUCAACUUGACAGACGGAGAGACCAUCGUCUCCGAGUGGCAGCUGGUGUGCGAAAGGGCCGCCCUGAUCAACGUGUCCAUGAUGGCCUUCCUGCUCGGCGUCACCAUCGGCGGCCUCGUGUCCGGCGUCGUGUCCGACCGCUUCGGACGACGCAAAACUCUUGCCAUUUUCCUCGCUAUCCAGAUUGCGGUUGGCACGGGGAUCGCGUUUGUGCCGUGGCUGUGGCUGUUCAUGGCGCUGCGUUUCUGCCUGGGCUGGUCGUGCGUCAGCGUCGUGUUCAGCGCGUUCGUGUUGUGCAUGGAGGUGGUGGGCGGUCGGUGGCGCACCGUGGCCGGCGUCUCGUUCCACUACCCGGUGCCGCUGGGCUACCUGUCGGUGGCGCUGUUCGCGUACCUGCUGCCCGAGUGGCGUCACCUGCAGCUGGCGUGCGCCCUGCCCGCCCUGCUGCUCUUCGUCGUCGUGUACCACCUGCCCGAGUCGCCGCGCUGGCUGCUGGCCGUCGGCAACCAGGCGCGCCUCACGCGCACCCUCCGCAGGGCCUCCAAGGUCAACCGACGCAUCUUCAACGUCGAGCAGGUCGAGCGCGCCUUCGUCACGGCCGAGGGCGAAGAGGUCGCCAGGAGCGAACAGGAGAACCUGCUCUCCCUCCUCAGCACGCCCAGGAUCAGGAGGAUCUCCCUGCUCGUGUACGCGCAGUGGUUCGCCCUUUACCUCUCCUACUUCGGCCUCGUCCUCAACCUCGGCAACAUCGAAGGCCAGAUUCACCUCAACACCGUCAUUUCAGGCCUGGUUGAGUUGCCAGCAAUCGCCCUGAGCACGCCCCUGCUCUUGAGGCAUGGCAGGAGGAUACCCCUGGUGGCCACCAUGGCGGCCGGAGGCCUCUUCUGCAUCCUGGCCACAAUUGUUCCUGAUUCGCACGCCUACAAGGAGAAUCUCACCCUUGGCCUGGUCAUGAUGGGCCGAUUCGCCUUUUCCUUCCCUUGGGUAAUUUUGCCCGUUUUCACGGCGGAACUUUUCCCCACCGUGGUGCGCAACAUGGGCGUCGGAUCGGCGAAUCUUGCGGCCGGAAUCGCCCUUUUGCUCGUUCCUAACUUGUGGAAUCUGGCCGCGGUCUGGGAAGGACUGCCUUUGUUCGUUCUCGGAAUUUUGUCCAUCCUUGGAGGCGCCUCAGUCAUGCUCUUACCUGAAACUGCCAACAAAGCUCUGCCCAACACAAUUGAAGAACUUGAAAUGUUUGACAAAAAAUGAAAAAUUAAAAAAUGGUUAAAAUUAAAAAUGGAUAAAAUUAAAAAUAAAAACCAAAUCUAC